UUCACUGAGCUGUGAGGUGCAGAGUGACUCUACUGGAUGGAGAGUAAGAGGAUACACACACAGUGGGAGGAUGUUAGAAUGUUAUUUUGUCUGGGGAUCAGAUACAGGAUCUACCUGCAGCGCCAGCUUCAUCUACCCAUCCCACUCUGGAGUGUACUGGUGUCAGUCUGAAUCUGGAGGGAACAGUAAUCCUGUCAGCAUCAAAGUGCACAUUGGUGAUGUGAUCCUGGAAAGUCCUGUCCAUCUUCUGACUGAGGGAGAUCCUCUGACUCUACACUGUUUACUUCGCCCAAGUACAAUCCAGUCAGACCUCAGAGCUGAUUUCUAUAAAGAUGGAUUACUUAUCCAGAACCAAUCUGCAGGAGAGAUGAUCAUCCACACUGUCUCAAAGUCAGAUGAGGGUUUCUACCACUGUAAACACCCAGAGAGGGGAGAGUCACCACCCAGCUCUGUCUCAGUCAGAGCUUUACCCACUGCUACACUGUCUGUGGAGCCUCAGGGUUCUGUGUUCACUGGAGAGUCAGUCACUCUGAAGUGUGAAAUAGAGUCUAACCAUAACUGGAGGUAUCAGUGGUAUAAAGGCAGCAGUAAGACUGCAGUCCAUCAGUCUGAGAUAAACACCUUCACCAUCAGCUCACCAGUAGACCAGGAUCAGUACUGGUGUAGAGGAAAGAGAUUUUACUACCCUCCAUCAUCACACUACAGUAAUGGAGUGCAUCUCUUUGUUAAAGUAAAACCUAGACCUGAACUCACAUCACACCUUAAAGGAGCUGCACUUGUGGGAAACCCAGUGACUCUGCACUGUAAGCUGGAGCAGUCUGCUGGAUGGAGCUUUUACUGGUCCAGACACACACAGAACCCUGAGAAUGAGACCAACACUGCAACAAGCUCCUACACCCUCAACUCAGUGGCGCCCUCUGAUGGAGGCCAGUACUGGUGCAGAGCUGGCAGAGGAAACCCAGUCUACUACACACACUACAGUGAUGCACUCUGGGUAAACAUUACUGAUGGUUAUUUUCCCAAUCCUGAUCUGGUUGGGUUGUCUGUGGGACUGAGAUUGGUUCUGCUCUUCAUCUCACUUGUCCUGUUAUGGUUCUACAAAACCAGCAAAGGUGUAGAAUGUCUGUAUCACCGCACUGGAAAUCAAUCAGACACCAAUCAGACAUCAGAUCAGACCCAGACAGAGUCAGGAGCCCACACAUAUGACAUUGUUGGCCGAGCAGACAGGAGUGGCAUAGAUGAAGCGGCAGAUGAACUCACUGAUGUAAUUUAUGCUCAGGUCAUGAUACACAACAGCAAAAGCAGGAAUAAAGGUGCUGGUGAUGGAACCAGUGAGGUCACUUAUGCUGGGAUUAAAAUGAAACCCAAACAGAAAGCAAAGAAAAAACAACGUACAGUAAAAUGAGAGGCUUUAGUGACCCCUAGUGGGAAACCGAGAUACAGUGGGCCUUACCAAUAAUUUACAUUGGAUUUAAUGCUCAGUAAUAUUGCAUGCUUUGUUAUCUGUUGUAUUCAGGUCAUGUUCUGCUUUAAUCAUUGGAGGGUUGUAGUUCUUCCUGUAGUUUAAUUCAGGCUCUUUUGCCCACUACUAGAGAAGACCAGUGUGAGGAGAGUGUGAGCUCUGUGUACUCAGAGCUGAGGCAGGACUCACUCAAAGGUCAGAGCUCCAAGACUUAUGGCAUCAUUUAACAGCUCAGGUUUAUAAUAACUGAUAAAAAAACCCAUGAAACUCAACAGCCAUUCACUGUUUAUUUACUUGCAAACAAUGAAACAAACCAGCUUUGUUAGAUAUAGGGCAGGCAAUGUGUAGCUGAACUGAAAAUGAUUCUUUGCAGAUUAAAACAGAAAUUCUGAUCCUAAUGAAUGUUUUUUAAAUCAUCUGUUCGAGGUUGUUAGGAAAAGCAGAGAUUGUACAUGCAGAAGUCAGAGAGGAAACAGACCAGUUCAUCCUCUUCUUACUCACUCCAAGCUUCAACAGCUUUGAACUGCUUUAUUCAAGUGUUCGUUCAUUUAUUUAGUAAAAUCAUGUUUUAAAUGAGAAUUUCAGAUAAUCAAAUCUAUAGCAGGAAGGUGUUCAGUGUCAGAUUAAGGGGUAACAAGUUAGAAGUAAAAACUCUUAAGUGAAAACAGUUUUCACAUAAUAAACAUAAUGAGCUCAUUUCACUCUUAUUGUAGAAAUUCUUUGAACAUUUUAUUUGUUUUAUUUGUGGUGAUUAUCAUCUUCAUACCAAGUUUUUUGGUUGUAACAUAAACAUUUCAGUUGAAGCAAAUUCAGUGGUUGGUGUGUGUGUGUGUGUGUGUGUGUGUG